CGCUGGCGGGGCCGUUCCCAUUCCCAGGCGGGGCCGUGGCACCGCCGUGCCCGGGAGAGGCGGCGAGCCGGCGUCCCUGCGGUCGUCCCGUCUCGUCCCCUCAGCGCCGGGCGGGCUGCGGUGGCGACCGAGGCAGCGCCCUUCCCCGGUGCUUGCCCGAGACCCGCCGCUAGAGCCCGUCCGAGGGACCGGCCUCCUCGGGCCACCUCUCGGCCUGCGCCUCCCGAGCGGCGGUGAGGGGGCCGGGCGGCGGGCAGGGGCUGUUGGUGAUGCUGGAGCUGCCCCGCCUUUCCCCUGGGCGGCCGUCGGUGGCCUGUGGGCGGUGGCGCCUGCGGUCGCUAGAGAAGAUAACGCAGGGCGAAAUGUCUGUGGUGGCAGACGCUCCGGAUCCUCAUGGCUCCCUCAGCGAGCUUAAACUGUGGGAACCCAAAACCUCUCACUCCUUGGUUUGCCUUUCUGCAGGGAGCUCCUGAAAAUCUCCUAUCAACGAGAUUAAGGUGCCUUUUUCAGCCUCAUUUUCCCAGAUGUCCAGUUUUGUCUGACUCUUCGGUUUCUCAUAGUCAAAGGAAAUAUUUUUGUUGACAGUAGAUAAAAUGGCGACGUUAGUUCACACGUUAGCAGAUCACAGUGAUGAUGUCAACUACUGCGCCUUCUCGUCUUCGUGCUUGGCUACUUGUUCCUUGGACAAAACAAUUCGCGUUUAUUCUUUAGACAACUUUACUGAGCUUCCCUACUCGCCGUUGAGAGGCCACACCUACGCUGUGCACUGCUGCUGCUUCUCUCCAUCAGGACACCUUCUGGCUUCCUGCUCGACAGACGGCACCACCAAGGUGUGGGACACCCGGGACGGCCGGAUGCUGGUGGCGCUGGAGCAGCCCGGCGGCAGCCCCGUGAGAGUCUGCCGCUUCUCUCCCCAGGCCGCCCGCCUCCUGUCCGGGGCAGCGGAUGGCAGCGUCGUGCUUUGGGACAUGCAGUCGCUGACACUCUACAGAUCUGGGAAUGUUAAAGAUGGUUCUUUGGUGGCCUGUGCAUUCUCUCCUAAUGGAAAUGUCUUUGUCACUGGAUCAUCGUGUGGUGAUUUAACCAUUUGGGAUGAUAAAAUGAGAUGUCUAUGUAAUGAAAAAGCACAUGAUCUUGGCGUUACCUGCUGUGAUAUUUCUUCACAGCCAAUUUCUGAUGGCGAACAUGGAUUCAGAUACUUCCAGAUGGCUUCUUGUGGUCAAGAUAAUCAGAUCAAACUCUGGCUUAUUUCACUUACAGAUUUCUUAGGUGUUGAAUUAAAAUAUAAAUGCACAUUGAAUGGACAUUCUGCCCCAGUUCUGGCUUGUGCAUUUUCUCAUGAUGGGCAGAUGUUAGUUUCAGGGUCUGUGGACAAGUGUGUCAUAAUAUAUGAAACUACUACUGGCAAUAUCCUUCAUACUUUGUCUCAGCAUACCAGAUAUGUUACAACUUGUGCUUUUGCACCACAUAGUUCCUUACUUGCCACAGGUUCAAUGGAUAAAACUGUGAGCAUAUGGCAGUUUGACCUUAAGCAACCCUGUGCAGCAAAUACUGUAGAAAAUGAAUCUAAGGUGGCUGUUGAGGCCUGGUCAGAGGACGAUGUUUCAGCCUGGCUUUGUGCACAAGACUUAGCAGACUUUGUUGGGCUUUUCAAAAGGAAUAACAUCGAUGGCAAGGAACUACUGCAUCUUACUAAAGAAAGUCUGGCUAAUGAAUUAAAAAUUGAAUCUCUAGGCCUGCGCAGCAAAGUCCUCCAGAAAAUUGAAGAACUGAGGAUGAAAAUGAUCUCUGCUUCUGUUACUGCCCCUGAUGAGUUCUUAUGUCCUAUCACAAGGGAGCUUAUGAAGGAUCCCGUCAUUGCAGCAGAUGGCUAUUCCUAUGAAAAGGACGCCAUAGAGAAGUGGAUCAGCAAUAAAAGACGCUCUAGUCCCAUGACAAAUCUUCCUCUCCCCACUCUCGUGCUCACCCCAAACAGGACGCUAAAAAUGGCCAUUGGUCGCUGGCUGGAGACGCAGCAGAAACACAGUCACACAGCUUAACUUGGAAGUUGUUUGUUAAAAUUGAUUGACAUGAAAUUGUAUGUAGCUAAAAAAAUAACUGUAUCAGAAACAAUGGGAAAGAAAACAUUGUGUUUCUGUUCUAAUCUGUGGCUGUCAUUUAAAUGUGUGUUAGAAAGAAAAUCUUCACUGUUGGGCGCUCCUAGAAAAUGACUCAAAAACUUUUAAGUAAGUCAUUGGUAAUGUCUGUUUUGGAUUCACUAUUUUUACAACAAAGUUUUCUUAAAAUUUAUGAGGUUUAAGUCUUAAUUUUACCAAAGUAUAUAAUUUUUUUCUAAUUAAACACCAAAAACGUC